AAUUGGUGAAAUUAUUUCAAGUAUUUUCCCAGAUGGAAUACCUGGAGGAACAGAUCAAGUACUUCUUUUAAAUUUGAAAUAAAAAAUCCUUUAAAGCCAAUAUUUCCUGGAAUAUAUGCUGUUGUUGGAGCAGCAUCAUUAACUGGGGCAAUAACUCAUUCUGUUUCUGUUGCAAUGAUUUGUUGUGAAAUAACCGGACAAUUAAUUUAUAUAAUACCUUUAAUGAUUGCUGUAAUUAUUGCUAAUGCUGUUUGUGCUUAUAUACAACCAUCAAUAUAUGGUAAAUAAUUAAUUAAGGAUCUUUAAUGAAUUGAUGUACGGGAAAAGAGAGAUUUUUGUUUUUAAAUAAAAUCGGGUUCGGGGAAUUGGGAAGCAUGAUUAAAACCAAUAAAGAUAUCGAGAAACUAAUAAUAAUAUUGAACUAUUUUGAGAUGUAAUGAUUGGCAUCAAAAAUUUGCCAUAUUUGCCGGACAUUCCGCCUUCAAAUGCCGAGUAAUUUACUAUAAUUAUCAUUCAUUUGCUUAAUCUAACAAUCUUUUAGAGUUCAUCUUUAUGCUGCAGAAAAUAUAAUGGAAGCUAAUGUUCGAUAUAUUUGUCGAGUAACUAAAUUCGAGGAAAUCCGAAAAUUAAUUAUUGAAAUGCCAAAAUUACGUUCAUUUCCUGUCGUUGAUGAUCCAACAUCAUUAAUGUUAUUAGGAUCAAUUUCUCGUAGAACAAUUUUGGAAAUAUUAAAUGCCCAAAUAGGUGAAGAAGCAAGAAAAAGAGAGGCUGAAAGGAGAAUUCGAAUUGCUAUUGAAACAAUUGAUAAACACUUUCGAGAGGCUCAAAUGGAUGAAACUAAAUCAGAUUCUGAAUGUACAGCAAUUGGCUUAACAAAGUUAAAUGGACAAGAACGGCUUUUAGAAGAUUUGGAUAAGGAGGAAGAGGAAGAUGGACGGAGAAGAGUAUUUAGUCAUGGAGCUUAUGACAUGAAUAGAACACCUAAUGGAGAGAAUACUAAAAAUAUACUAGAUAAACCAAAUAAAAGAAUGGUUAGAUGUUCUUUGUCAGAAGGUGCUUUAGUACAGAAAAAGCAUUAUAAUGAUGAUUCUACUAAAAGGAAAAAAUCCAAAGAAAAUAAAUUAAAAAAAGAACAACAAAAAAUGAGUAUUUGUAGUCAAAUAUAUCCAGUAAAUGAACAAAAAAAGGAUAAUAAUAUGGCUUUUGAAGACAAUAAAGAUAGUAAUAGCAGUAGAUUUAUUGUCGAACCAGUAAUUUCAACAAAAAGGCGGAAUUUAAGCUCCGGACAAUUAUUCCCCUCGGUUAGAGCAGUUCGUAGAAACGCAUUUGCUUUAAUGCCUUGGAAAACAAUUAGCGAUAGUGAUGAAAGUUCUGAGGCAGGUACUUCCCCUCCGAAAAAAAUUUCUUGUCCAGACCUAAAAAUGGCAACUAUGCAUUCACAAUGGGGGCCUUUUGACCAUCAAUUAUCUUUAUCUAAAAAUAUUUCUGAGUAUGUUCGUUCAGUAAAAAGAAAAUUAAGAAUGAUGCAAAAUAAACAUUUAGCAGAACCUGUUGAUUAUGAUUUACAUGAUGAUGAACGUAGAGAAUGGGAAUUAGCUAAAUUAUGUGAGGAAAUAGAGAUUGAAGAAAAAUUAAUUGAUCCUGCCCCGUUUCAAUUGGUAAGAAGAACAUCAGUUUAUAAAGUACAUUCGUUAUUUUCACUUUUGGAUUUAAAUCGAGCAUAUGUAACUGAUCGAGGCCGUUUAGUUGGAGUUGUGGCAUUGAGAGAUUUGAGAAUUGCCAUUCAAAAAUCUCAAAGUGGUUUACCAAUGUAUCGUUCAAAUUUGGAUACAUUAAAAGAAAAAAGACGAAAUUCAGUCUUUCCUGCUGAACAAUCUGUGAAUAUUUCAUCAAAUAAUUUCGGCAGAAAUUCAAUACAAGAUAUAGAUUUGGAAGGUGCGAGGAAAUUGAUUGGAAAUGGGCAUUUUGUUGGAAUAAACUCGAAUGAAGUUUAUUUAGAAGAAAACAACAAAAAUACGAGUGAAUUGGAAGAAAAUAAAGGAAUUCAACAAGAACAAACAACAAGACCAACAAGUCUACAAAUAAUUAGAGAAGAGUUUGAACCAAAAGAAUUAAAUAAUGGAAUAAGGCUUCGGUUAGGUAGUAGAAUAUUUGAAAGUCAAACAUCUUCCACUCCUUUAUCUGAGCAUAUAUCACCAACAGAUCCAAAUAACGUUGCACAAGCUGUGGAAUAUUUAAGGAGAAGAUCAGUGGCAGUGGAAGAUUUAAAAACAUUAGAAGAAACUCCUUUACCUGAAGUUACACAAGAUUUACAAAAAGAGAUGGAAUAA